UAAAUGGGGAGGGAAAAUCCUUCUGAAAGCUGGGAUUUUGAGCAGUUUGACCAUGGUGCGAGCUGUCUCUCGGCUUUUUCUCGAGGGCAGAGAGGAAGGUAUUUCAUGGAGCCUUUGAGCCCUAACAUCACUGCUGUCUGUGUGGCCAUUUGAGACCAAAGGAGCUGGACACAGCCAUGGGAGACUCUGCAGGGAAUGUCACAGAGGGAGGCAUGGACACACAGACUGAACUGGUGGAGAGAGUGGCAGCCAUAGAUAUGUCUGUUGUCCCAGACAGAAGUGACCAAAAUGGUGAAGACAACCCUGAAGAAAAUGACACAGUCUUUUCUGAUAACAUAAAGGACAUCCAAAGGAAUGGAGUCAGCAGUGAUGUGGGAAUCAACGAAUUUCUGCCUUCCCAACAGCCUGAAGAUGCUCACUUGAGGCAUGUUCCCAAGAGACCUCUAACUAGACCUGGUCUAUCAAGUAGGAAGUUGUCCCUUCAGGAAAGAUCAUCAGGAGCUUAUUUGGCUUCCAGCAGCACUGCAGGCUGUGGUCCUUAUGCCACAGGGCCAUCCCCACGUAUAGUCAGGAGACCAACCAUAGAGUCCCACCGGGUCUCCAUUUCAGACUCUGAGGACUGUGUGCAAUUGAACCAGUACAAGCUGCAGAGUGAAAUAGGCAAGGGCUCCUACGGCGUGGUGAAACUGGCCUACAAUGAGAACGAUGACAAGUAUUAUGCCAUGAAAGUCCUCUCCAAAAAGAAGCUCUUGAAGCAGUAUGGAUUUCCACGUCGGCCUCCUCCCAGAGGGUCAAAAGCAUCCUCUGGGGAGCAGCCCAAACCCAUGGCACCCCUGGACAGAGUCUAUCAGGAAAUAGCCAUCCUAAAGAAGCUGGACCACAUCAAUAUCGUUAAGCUGAUAGAGGUCCUUGAUGAUCCUGCAGAGGACAACUUGUACAUGGUGUUUGACCUCAUGAGGAAAGGGCCUGUCAUGGAGGUGCCCAGUGAGCAGCCCUUCAGCGAGGAGCAGGCGCGGCUCUACUUCCGAGACAUCGUCCUGGGCAUCGAGUACUUGCACUACCAAAAGAUCAUCCACCGGGACAUCAAACCUUCCAACCUGCUCUUAGGAGAUGAUGGCCACGUCAAAAUUGCUGAUUUUGGUGUCAGCAAUCAGUUUGAAGGGAAUGAUGCUCAGCUUUCCAGCACAGCAGGGACACCAGCCUUCAUGGCACCAGAGGCCAUCUCCCAGACUGGCAAAAGUUUCAGUGGGAAGGCACUGGAUGUGUGGGCCAUGGGAAUCACCCUGUACUGCUUUGUUUAUGGCAAGUGCCCUUUUAUAGAUGAAUAUAUUCUGGGUCUUCAUAACAGGAUCAAGACCAAGCCUGUGGAGUUCCCAGAAGAGGCACAGAUAAGUGAUGAGCUCAAGGAGCUGAUACUGCGCAUGCUGGAUAAAAACCCAGAAACAAGGAUAACAGUCCCUGAAAUAAAGGUGCACCCCUGGCUGAGCCGGGGCGGCGCGGAGCCGCUGCCGCUGGAGGAGGAGCACUGCUCCGUGGUGGAGGUCACCGAGGAGGAGGUCCAGAACUCUGUGAAGACCAUCCCCAGCCUGCCAGCUGUGAUCCUGGUGAAGGCCAUGCUGAGGAAACGCUCCUUCGGGAAUCCCUUCGAGGUGCAGACGAGGAGGGAGGAGAGAUCCAUGUCAGCUCCAGGGAACCUGCUGAUAACCCAGGGCAGCAGAGAAGCAGCCAGGGACCCGGAGCUGCCCGACGUGUGCGAAGACGAGGCGGCGUCCUGAGGCCAGGGCUGCCACGGGCUGGCCUCACUCAUCACCCUCAUCCCCAGCCCGGGGCCUGGCAGCCACAGCAGGAGCAGACCCAGCCCAGCAGCCAUGGACAAGGCAGGCAGGAGGAUCAGAGCAGGACCAGAGCAGUGCUGAGGAGCAGGGUGGGCUGUGGGCGAGCUGCCCGUGGCUCCUCCGUGUGUGCCUUGCUCUCCCCUUGUGCUUCACCCCGGGGUUCAGUGGGGGUUUGUUUGUCUCAAGGGUCAUUUUCCCCCAGAGACUUUUUUCCUUGAGUUUUUGCAUUCUCUACUUCAAGCAUCAGGAAAAAAAAAUGGCAUUAAAGACAGGUUUUGUAUUGGAGGGCAACUUUUAUUUAAUGCACUUGAGUACAUCAGGAGUCCUGCUCCUGGUGAGGAGUUGAUGGCAAAAUGUCUCUGGAUAUCAGAUAAAUGAGGAUGAGAUCUUGUGUUGGAGUGAACACUGUCCCUCCCUAUGCCUCUCUUCCUCUUUCUUCCCUUUUGCUCUCCCCCCUUGUUUUUGCACAGUGUCAGUGCUGCCCCAGCCAGGCUUUAGUCAGGGCAGUGCUGUGGUGCAGAAGAGUCACACGAGAUUCCCUGCGUGUGCAAUGAGCCCUGGGAUGUCCCAGAGCUCUGGAGCAUGGGGAUAUGCUGCCACACUGCUGCACAGAGCAGCUCAGUGCUCCAGGGACACCUGCCAGGGCUGCUGCUCCCAAAGAGCUGGGAGUGCCAUCAGCCCCUCAGCUGCACCAGUCCUGCAGCCAUGGACCAUUCUCUCCACCUGGACAGAGGGGCAGGCUCGGGCUUUGUUUUAUUUCAUUCCCUUCUGUUCACUCAUCUGUGUACCUGAUGCUUUUAAACUUUAGUUUCCUGAAAAUUACCCAAACUGGGACAGGUUCCUGGGAUGGGAAAUGUUGGUGGAGAGUUUUUAGAAAGCUACAGAGUGCAAGUUCACAACUUGAUCUUUUGACCUUUUUUUUAAAGGCUUUAAUUUUUAAUUUUGUUUUAAGACUCUGGUUUUUAUGCAUGUGCUGAUGCUGCUAUUUUAUCCAUAAAUUGCUUCUAAUCUUGGGGUUAGAAGCUUCAUCUCAUCAGUUUGACAACUGGUAAGAUUGCACUUAAAAAGGCAAAUACAAAAAGGCAAAUACAGCCAUUUCUGUGGCUGUUGACUGUACAGACUGUGUGGAUAAUCAAAAAUUUCACUCUUCCAUUCAGAGAGUAAAACCAGUGACAUCCAUCUGUCAAAAUACAUGUCAUUAUUUUCCCUUGAGCCUUAUGGGGUCUGAACAUGCCCCUAGGAAAACAGUGGGAUUGGAAACUUAUUUUAUAGUACUUAAACAAAGACAUGAUUAAAUUUGGUUCCUACAUAAUCAUCUUAGUGUCUGGUUUUAGGUUAAUCCUGAGGACUUGGGACUUUUUUCCCUCAUUUUUUGUGCAGAGGGACACAAGUACAAGGGCUGUUGGUAGUGACUGGCAUAUCCUGGUGUUCCUGUUCUGUUUGCUGCAGUCUGAUUUGAUGGUUCCCAACAUUUUAAAGCUGGGCUUUGCUGCUGGUGCUUUUUGUGUGUCCCCAGCCUGUCACCUCCCCUCACUCAUCCUCAGCCACCUCAGUGGGAUUCCCAGCAGUCUCCAGCCUGGGCUCUUCCUUGCAUCUCACCUGUAAAUAUUGGCAAAAUGGGAAAGCACAUUGCUGCUUCUCUCCUGAGUGGAGACCUUUAAUGCUGAAAGCUGGCAGUGCUGCUGGAUCCUGUAAAGGUUACUGCUGUGGGCCUGAGCUCUGCACUGCUGCUUCCAGCUGCUAAAUCCUGUCUGUGUCUGCACAGCUGAGCUCAGCAUCCUCUGAGGAGCCUGGUUCUGCACCAGGAGGGUGCCUGAUCCUCCCCCAGCCUGGGACACACUUCUGCUUGGAUCCUUCUGCCUUGUAAUGAAGAUUCAAGUGCCCUGAGGUAGGGAGUGAAAAGUCUGAGAGCACAGGAAAUUCUGUACAUGGGAAGAUUGUCCAGGUGCCUGUGGAAGGGACAGCUCUGGAUACAACUGAUCUGUGCUGGGCUGCCAGCAGCUCCUGCUGCACACCAGGGCCAAACUGUCCUCCUGUUUGUGGAAACAACUGUGUCCCCAGGACAGGGCAGGGAGUGACCUUGGAACAAGGACACAUCUCAGGAGCAAGCCCUACCCCAGGCAGAAAAGGGAGUUCUGGUAAUCCUCACCCCCGUGGGACUUCUGAAGUCUAAGCAAUGCCUGGGUUGUGCUCAAAGAGCUCUAAGAAUGCAAACAUGGGGUUAGUUAUUGCAUUUUCAAACUGUGGCAAGAAGAAUCUGCUAAGCCAGGCAGUUGGUGUUGUUUCAGUGAUGCCCAAGGGGUGGGAGCUGGUGGGGCAAGGCUGCAGGAAGGCUGUUCUCAGCCUCAGCUAAUGCAACCAAACAAGUGGUAAGUUAGAAAUGAGCUCCAUACCCUGUCCCUUUAGUGGUACCUAAAUCAUCUCUUCAGCUUUUGCAGAGGAAUGGAUGUUUUUUAUGAUUAUUUCAAAAUCUACUUUGAAAUACUUGCCCUUUCAGCUCAAAGAAAUCCUUCUGGAGCUGUUCCCACAGGUGCAAGAACCAACCCCUGGAGUUGUGCAGCUGAGCUCUGAGCUGGUGUCACACCUUGUUUCUUCAGCAAAUCUGCCAAGAGUCUUUCCUUUGUACCCCAGAAAUCACUCCUAUCGUGUCACAAACAGCAGCCUGAAAACUUGCAUGAAAUGAGAUGAAAAACAUGCCCUGGCAGCAGGAGAAACACUCAGGCAAAAAUAGGCUCUACUCACUCAUCUGCAGUGAAACCCUUGCUUGUUUAUGUGCAUGUUAGAGCAGCUCAGAGCAGCACUGGUUCUGCUCUGGAGAAAGGAAGAGACUGGAGAGGGGAUUUAUUUGAGAAUAAACAUCCCUGGCAAGGCAGUGCUUUUAGCUCUUGAGUAAAAUCAUUCUCUUCAGCUGGGUGGGUAAAUAUUUGUCUGCUCCUGUCAGUGAUGCAGGGGAUGGGGUUCAGUGUGGGCUCUGCAGAGCAGGGGUGGCACACUCGUGCUUUGGUGUGUGCUCUGUGUUUUUCCCCUCCAAAUCCUCACCUCUGCUGUUCCUGGAGCACUGGGAUGCUCUGCCUGUGUUAGCUGGGCUCAGAGUCACCAGGAGAGCUCCUCUUUCCCUGCAUCUGGUCGAGUUUUCCAGACUCUUCCAGGCUGAGGAUGAUUUUCUUGAAAGAAAUUUUCCAAAAGCCCAUCUCUCUGAUGUCCAGGAGGUGGAUUUUUAGUCUUGCUCAAUUAAUGGCUUCAGGACUUUGGGUUUGGGGGUAGUGCUGAGUAAAAAUCCUGGUCAGUCUCUUCUGUCCUGCACUGAGGAGUGCACAGUCCAUGUCUUUUGGGCAGGAAUGUGCUGCUGUGAAUGUCACACCUGGAAACAGAGGAGGUUUUCAGCAGCAGGGCUGCUGGUGGGAAAGCUGAUUUUGUGUAGGGCUCCAGCCAGAGGGACAGUGUAACUGCUGCUCCAUGCAGAACAGAGUGGCUCAAUAAAACAACUCCCAGGGUGUGAUCUCAUUCCUUAUUUACUGCCAGACUUGCAAGGAAGAGCUGCUGGGAGAAGUUUGGUGUUCCUUCAGCACAGCUGUGUCCUGAAGCCCUCGGCAGCGCUGCCAUGGGGGAAUUUCUCCCUUUGUGGUGGGUGGCUGGGAGCUGCUUUGCUCUCCCCAGCUCAGGGCUUUCCCUCCUAUCUUGCCCAAAAUUCCCUUGAGCUCUGUCCCACCAGCCCAGGCUUUGUCCCAGCCCUUGAAGGCCCAGGCUCCCCCAGGGAUCUCAGUAAAUGUCCCAAGGCAGGGGAGCUGUGCUGGGGAUGCCACUGAGAGCCUGAGCACCUCUGGUGUGCAGCAGGGACUGGAAAGCACAGAGUGGGGGGAAAUAGAACUGAGAUGAGGUGCCAAACUCCUCUGCUCCAGCAGGGCACAUUUAAAGUGGAGUUUGUUGAACAAAGCAGUGCAAGGCAUUCCUUUCUGGUCCAGAUCCUGCUGCACAAGUCCAUGCUUGGCUGGAGUCCCCUGAGUUAACCUGGAUGAUGCCAUGACCCUGUUGCUCUGAAUGCAGCCUUCCAUGGGAUGAGGGAAGGAAAGCAGCUCAUCAGUCACUGCCUUGCUCCUUCCCUUCCUGAAGAAAAGCCAUGUAUGCUCAGAGCUGCUGCUGGCAGAGCCCACACCCUCCGUCAGUGUCCACAAGCCAUCAAUCAAAGUGCUCCCAAAAAAUGGUGUAAAUUCAAGAAAACAUGAAUUGCAACUCUUGAGGGUACAAUGCAGAUCCUCUGUGCUGUAAUUUUGCUGCUCUUUCUGAUUUCCAGGCCUGUUCUGUUGGUAUUUCAGUCUCUUGUUGCACUUGAAGCUGAACCUCUGCCCCUGUAUGUGCUCUGCUAUGAUUCCAGCAUGAUGUAAAUGCACUCAGUACUGUGACAGCACGUGGCUGUUGCACUGUAAAUAUGUACCAUGAAGAGAGAGGCUAUUUUUUGCAUGCUUUUGUACUGUAGAAUUGAUGAGAAAAUGACAAUAAAUUCCACAGAGAUGA